AGGUUUUUCUACAAAAAAUUCCUUGUCUACAAGUGCAACACAACCUACAGUGUCUCGUCACGUUUGAGCCUGGGAACCAAUGUUUUGCCUCGCUUGACCGUAUACCUGUCUGGUGGUGGUGGUGGUGGCAGUAAUUCAAUCUGCAAAAGCACGACAUCGUAGAUAAGAGACAGAUUCUCUUCGCAGACCUGAAGCUGCAAGAUGUUGUUGAGAGGCUGUCUAGCGAUCUCAAGCUCUGCUCGUUUUGCUUUGCAGGGUAAAGUAAUUUUUGCUGCCAGACGUCUGGGGCCACUUGAAGGUCACGUUAGGCCACCUCUUGCUGUCUGGUCUCGACAAGACUAUCACAAACAUUCAGAGUUACCGCCUGAAAAUACGUUAAGAGGAAAAGAGAGUAGAAAAUACGGUGUUCUAAUUGCCGGUGCAUUAGCUGGAGUGUUGGCUUCUUUUUCUUUGUUACAAGAUGAGCAGAACUGUAAAGAGGCAGAGAUCCAUUUGGAAGGCAAAGAAAAACUUUACAGCAAAGAACAAAUAUCUAACCAUAAAACAAAACAAACAGGAAUCUGGGUGACAUACAAAAACAAGGUUUAUGAUAUAACCGACUUUGUAGAUGGCCAUCCAGGUGGCAACAGCAAAAUUAUGUUAGCUGCUGGUGGAGACCUUGAGCCUUUCUGGGACAUGUAUGCUAUCCAUAAGAAAGAGGAAGUGUUGGAAAUUCUAAAUGAGUAUGAGAUUGGUGAGGUCAGGCCUGAAGACAGAGUUGAAAGGAAAGCAACAAAAGUUGGGCCUUUUGCCAAUGAGCCACGCAGACACCCAGCACUGAUUGCCAAUUCACAAGAGCCUUUCAAUGCUGAGACUCCACCAGAACUUGCUGUUGACAACCUAAUCACUCCAAACGAACUGUUCUUUGUUCGAAAUCACCUUCCAGUGCCAGUUAUUGAUGAGACAAAUUUUAAACUACAAUUGUCUGGAGCUGGUAUGAAAGAAAUCAACCUGUCAUUGGAUGAAUUGAAGACGAAGUUUAAGAAACAUAAAGUGACUGCAACCUUACAAUGUGCUGGUAACAGAAGGAGUCAAAUGAAUAAUGCUAAAGCUGUGAGGGGGCUGAAUUGGACAUCUACAGCAAUUAGCAAUGCAGAAUGGGAAGGUGUCUUAUUAAGAGAUAUCUUGCAGUAUGCAGGUGUAGAUAUAACAAAUAUGGAUUCAGAAAUAAAGCAUAUCCAGUUUGAAGGGUUAGAUAUUGACCCAACAAAAGCACCUUAUGGAGCAUCUAUACCUGCCUACAAAGCAUUUGAUCCAAGCAGUGAUGUUUUAGUCGCAUACAGUAUGAAUGGGAAGCCUCUGCCUAGAGAUCAUGGUUUUCCACUGAGGGUUGUUGUCCCUGGAGUUGUUGGUGCAAGAAAUGUCAAAUGGCUUUCAAAAAUUGUGGCUAGCAAACAUGAAAGCCUUAGUCAUUGGCAACAGAAUGACUAUAAAGGUUUUUCACCAAACAUUGAUUGGCAUAACGUUGAUUUCAAAUCAGCACCAGCCAUUCAGGAAUCACCAGUAACAUCAGCUAUUUGUUCUCCAAGUAAUGGAACAAUAGUCUCUGAAAGUGAUGAGGAAAUUGUGGUCCAAGGUUAUGCCUACAGUGGAGGGGGUAGAGGGAUUAUAAGAGUGGAUGUAUCAGCAGAUUCAGGUGAGACAUGGCACACAGCAAAAUUGAAGCAAGUUGAUCAGCCUUUGAAUAGAAUGUGGUCUUGGACAUUAUGGACUGCAGUUGUGCCGAUACCAGAAAAGCACAAAGGCUCUGUUGAUAUCUGUUGCAAAGCUGUAGACAGUUCAUAUAACUCUCAACCAGAAAGAGUUGAGCCCAUUUGGAACCUUCGUGGAGUUCUUAAUAACUCCUGGCACUAUGUUAAUGUUGCUGUUGAAGAUGAUGAAUGAUAGAGUUAGACUGUGAUGACUUCAAGUUGACUGUGAUAAUUUUCAUAUGACUUUGUACAGUGGCCUAGCCUGAAGUAGUAGUACAAUAAAUACAGUGAUUGUGAGAAAUGUCAAGUAAUAAUAAAGACCAAAGGUAUUUUACAGAUUCAGCAUAAUUAUUUUAUAGAUUUAAGGCAAUCAUAGGAAAUAUAUUAUCUUAUUGUGUUUGCAGUUUGAAAAGUUUAAUUUUUUCACUUUCAAUCUACUAAAAAUUUAAAUCAUAGUGUUGUCAGAAGUUGUAAACAUCGAGACUGCUCACAAAUGAUUGUACUUUUAUACUAGCAACCUCAGUUGAAAUAUUUCACCUUUAGAGAUUAUUUUAUCUGUCAUAGUCUUGGGAGUAAAUUUUAUAAA